GAAAAAAGGAGGAGAAGAAAGACGUUAUCAAAUCUGUUUUUUCCUUUUUGGAAAAUAGAAACUUCCUCUUCUACGUGUCUGUCUUCAGUUCUUCAACUUAAUUCGACUUUUCCUCAAAACCACCCUUAAUGUAUUCGAUUUCCUUUCUGGGUUUUGUUUUAUUUUAGUACUUCCUAGAGUUCGUGUACUUUUUGUUAAGUUUUGUCUUUUUAUAAUAAAUGUUUCAAGUGACUGGAAAGACAAUCUUUUGGUUCCAGUAGUUAUUCUUCUUUAAGAAUGCUGUUGUGUAUGACAGUAUCUACAUUGAAGUGUUGUUUCCCGCAAGAGUGCAGCUUUCCAGAUGGAGGCGGACAGGCUAAAUUCUCCCAACACAUCAGCAGUUCUGUUUGAAGCUCUUGGCCAUCAGCUUCAGUUUUCACAGGAUCCAAAUUCUAAGCACUUAGGGACUACAGUUUGGGAUGCAUCAAUGGUGCUUGUCAAAUUUUUGGAAAAAAACUGUAGAAAGGGAAGGUUUUCUCCGUCUAAACUAAAAGGAAAACGCGUAAUUGAACUUGGAGCGGGCUGUGGUGUAGCUGGAUUUGGCAUGGCAUUGCUGGGGUGUGAUGUCAUUUCAACUGAUCAAACAGAGGUUUUGCCUUUGCUUAUGAGAAAUGUUGAACGGAAUACUUCAAGGAUACUGCAGACAGCUCCUGAUUCAGAUUCCUUUGGUUCCAUCCAAGUUGCAGAGCUUAACUGGGGGGAUGAAGAUCAUAUAAGAGCUGUUGAACCACCUUUCGACUACAUCAUUGGCACAGAUGUUGUUUAUGCAGAGCAUCUCUUGGAACCUCUAUUGCAGACAAUACUUGCUUUGUCUGGUCCCAGAACCACCAUCUUGUUGGGAUAUGAGCUUCGUUCCACAAAUGUCCAUGACAGAAUGCUUGACUUGUGGAAGAGAAAUUUCGAGGUUAAAAGUCUCCCUAAAGCAAAGAUGCACAGUGAGUACCAGCAUCCAAGUAUACAGUUAUUUAUGAUGACACUGAAGCCUUCAGACAGCAGGGGCAAUGAGACCGGCUCCCAUGUUGAAGAGGUUAAAUCUGAAGAAACUGAACAAACAUCAGAAGCGAAUGAUGGCAGUAUUUGUGUUGAUGAUGAAGUGUAUGAUUGUGAAGGUGAUCAAACUGAGGAAGCAAGCAGACUAGUCAUAAAUCUCCAGGGUAAGAAUCUUAGUGACUGGGAAAUGAGACGAUAUGGAGCUAUGGCUGCUCGACUUCUUCGAGAUGUAAAGAUAACAUAGACAUAUCAGGGCGGCUAUGCCACAGAGAAGAUGGCCCUGCCAAACUGUUGAAUAUGACUCGGACAAUUCACUUAGUUCGCAGGCUGUGUUUCUAUAAUAGCAGUGCGAGGAAGAUAGACACAAGGUGCUUCCAGGACAUCAGGAAUGUAACCUCCAGCACGUAUGUUGUAAUUAUAGGAACUUUAUCUAAACCUUUUAGUGUCUUUGUGGUGACACACAAGGGGAUGAUUCUAUUUUAUUUGGCACACAGAAGUUGUAUCGAACUUUCCUGAAUUGGCCAUGCAAAUAUGCAGAAAGCUGAUUCUUUAUUCCACAUCAUAUCCAGAAGGGGUGUUUAUGUCGGCGCAUUAGGUGGAAUAUACUAAUUUAUCCAACUUGUGUGCUUUGAAUA